AUGAGGUCAAGGGCGCUUGGGAGCCCAUGGAACCAGGGCACAUGUCUUGGCACCACAGACCCGGAUCGAAACCUUGAUCACCAACGAGAUAAGGUUUGAGGUGUCUGCCCAAAGGGAGCUAUGAGUGAUUGCGCUGGAGGAAAAAGUUUGUAUCCCUCUAUUGUGUGAGCAUGAGGUGUCCCUCUCACCUGGGAUGCAGGCACUGAGAAGAUGCUCCAAACCAGCAACUAUAGCUUGGUCCUUUCCUUGCAGUUCCUACUGCUGUUCUAUGACCUCUUUGUCAACUCCUUCUCGGAGCUGCUGCGCAUGGCGCCCGUCAUCCAGCUUGUGCUUUUCAUCAUUCAAGAUAUUGCCAUCCUCUUCAACGUCAUCAUCAUCUUCCUCAUGUUCUUCAAUACCUUCAUCUUCCAGGCUGGCCUGGUUAAUCUUCUGUUCCAGAAAUUUAAAGGGACCAUUGUCCUGUCAGCAGCAUACCUUGCCUUGAGCAUAUCCUUCCACAUCUGGGUCAUGAACCUUCGCUGGAAAAAAUCCAACUAUUUUGUGUGGACAGAUGGGCUGCAGACUCUCUUUGUUUUCCAGAGAACGGUGGCUGUGCUAUACUACUACUUCUAUAAGAGGACGGCUCUGCACUUGGGAGAUCCGCGUUUCUACCAGGACUCUCUUUGGCUACGGAAAGAGUUUGCACAAGCACACCAUUGACAGCUGCUUCUGGAUCAUUUGGCUGAGGCCAGCUUGCUAGAAUGUGCAAUUUUACCAGUGUCUUGCAAGUUCCCCUCCUCCCGCUACAAUUUGUCUCCUGCAGUCAAGUUCUAAAUCUCAUGUGGUCAAAUGACUUCAUCCCUUUCCUACAUUCGUGCACAUUGAGAAGCAUAUAGUGGCAAGCAGGGUAUCCACAAAAGAGCAGUUUCAUUGAUGAGUAGCCUAGUCUCCAAGCUCUCCACAAUCCUCCUCUCAGUUCAGCAAACUGCACUCUGGAUGUGGCUGCAGCCUUACUGAGGAACGAUUUGAAGCGCCAAACAGAUCUGGCUGAGAACCCCCACUGAGUAGCAAUGCUGCCUUUUCCUCCUUGAGGAUAUUUCCUUGCCCUAAGCUCCCCUGUGACAGAAAAGGAUUCCUGCCUUCACUAGUACCUCUGACAGCGUGACAAGGCACAAAGACUAGGGUUUGGCUUUGCAGGAUUCAGCCUGAGCAAAUGUACUCUCAUUGACUUGUUAGAUUCUCCUUUUGUAAUUGCAUUUUCAUUCAUCUGUUCAGUUAAGAAUGUCAGUUAAGAGGGAACAACUGCCUCUCCUUGCCUCAGGUUUGCCUCAUGUUGUAUUUAGCUUCUCUCAGCA